AUGGUUAGAAGUUUACUUUACUUGACUGCCAUAAGGCCUGACAUUAUGUAUGCAAUCAGUCUCUUAUCAAGGUUCAUGCAUAAUCCCACAAGAAUUCACAUGGGAACUGCCAAGAGAGUACUUAGGUAUAUCUCAGGGACCUUGGACUAUGGAAUCAAGUAUGAAAAGGGAGAAGAAGCAACUCUGGUAGGCUUCUGUGAAAGUGAUUGGGGUGGCAGUGAAGAUGACAUGAGAAGUACUUCAGGAUAUGCAUUUACAUUUAGUUCUGGGAUAUUUUCUUGGGCCUCUGUCAAGCAACAAAGUGUUGCACUGUCUACGGUUGAGGCAGAGUAUGUGAGUGCUGCAAUGGCUACCUCCCAAGCUAUAUGGUUGAGGAUCAAAUGGCAGACAUCUUCAACAAAGCUCUACCAAAGGAAAGAUUUGUCUAUCUCAUAG